AUGCUUUGCCCUUUGACCGCUCCUUUGCUGGCGUUGAUCGCCACAUCUUCGAUCCUCAUUUCAAACGUAUCAGGUCAGCUCUCCAUCCUUCCCAGUCCCUCCAACCUAUUUAGGCGAAUCGACCCUGAACCAUCUUUUCAUCCAACAGCGCUCCCCACCCGCCGCUCGAUCGGCAUCAAGCGUCUGAACAACGUCGUCGUCGUGCGCAGCACCGUCGACUCGACCAUGCCUUCGGUAAAGAGGAGCACUAUCCCCAACCCCAAGAAGAACGCGCCUCAUCGUCGUUCACUCCAAGAUGCGGAAGACGACUACGAGGACAACCGAGAGAUGCUCGAUGCGGAGCCUUAUCGUUUCGCUAAACUCGUUCGAUCGGUCGUGGGUGGUUCGUCGAUGCCUACGGCAAGGGCUAUUACGGAGCCGAAGGGUAGUGUAGAGGCAAUUUCGUUCGGCAAGGCUUUCACGCCUAGGUCCAACCCCAAGCAUAUCAGAAAGCGGGGUGGGUUGAUGGUCGGUCAGGAUGAAGAAGAGGACGAUUCCGAGAUCGUCGGCGAAUCGGAAGAAGACCAAGCCGCCGCGCGCCUCGCCAAGCGUUCGAGGAUCAUCACCCCCAACCCUAAAGCCCGAAUCAGCUCGCCCGCCGUAGCUCAGACUCCCGACUCACCCACCGAUCAGAACAGGACGACGACCAAGGCAUCUCGAGCGUAUCCCGUCAAGAUCAUGCGGGCUCGCUCCUCCAUGGUCGUACCCAAGGCCGGAUCCAAGGUCCGCCGAGCAGCUAUCCAACCCCUGAAGCCACACGUUUACGUCAACCUCGAACGUUCGAUCUAG